CGUCAGCUCUGUUGAUACUCGCAUUCUGAAAGCGCUCCACAACGUCACCCCACAUGGACUUUUGUUUCUGUUCGCGUUUACAGUUUUAAACUUAGCUUCUCCUUCUUUAUUUUAUUGUGUUUCAUUUGUGUCGGUCAUCUAACCAGUCAGCAUGGCUCUGGCUGAAGCAAUGAUGCCUGCUUCGUUUCCCAGCGUUCAAGCCAUGGAAGCGAAACACUUCGAGAACAUGUGCAAGAUGGACGAGUGUGCAACAGGUGGCGCAGGCAGCCCGCUCAUCGAAGUGGAGUUCAGCAUCGUGCGGUCCCCCGCCGUCCUCAUCAAAGACGAGGACGAGCUGGACAAGUUCCUGGACAUCGAGUUCAUCUUGUCCAACACCAUCGACUCCGACGUGGUGAGCAGCAGCGGGAGCGUCUCUCCGCCGCAGCAGUGCGCGUACUCACUGCCGGAGUCGCCGGAGAGCUGCGGCGGCGGCGGCUCCGCGGCGCCGGACUGCGGCGACCGCGGUCACGCUCCCUCCGGCCUGGCCGCGCAGAGCUACCACGGCGCGUUGUGCUUCGCGGACUCGAGCCCCGUCCGCAGUCUCAUGUUGGAGCUGCUCACGCCAGAGGUGAGCUACCCGGGGGAGAGCUCACCGGAGUGCGCGGGGAAGGCGAGAGACGGACGGGAGUACACCGAACUGCGGGCGUUUAAUCCGGCCCCCAUUCCGGGCGCUGCCGCUCAUCACCAAGUGGCAGCAUCUCCUCCGCCACUCGGAUACAAAAUUAAAAGCGAGCCCGUCGAUCAGUCCUGUAUGAUGGCCGCCUGCGGCGGGGACUUCAUGGGACAGAUGUACGAGCGACACCAGAUGCGCUCCGUGCACCACGCGGCUUUUACGCACCACCAGGCUGCAGUUCCAGGCGCUGUACCGGGAUUCGGCGCGCACCCCAUGCAGCACUCUGCACCUCCGGGACGCACAGACUGCCAUUUGACGCAACUGAACCCUCACCCCAAUCAACACCAUCUGCAAAACCAGUACAUGAACGCGCCCUACCAGCCGCAUUACGCGCAUCAGAGCGUGGUGCCGUUUCAAGGACAGUACGGCGUGCACCAAGAGCCCGUCCGCGUUCACCAGCAGCAUCAUCCCGCAUCCAUGCACGGCAUGAUGCUCACCCCUCCCUCGUCGCCAUCUCUGCUGGAGUUUUACGCGCAGGAGGAGGCGUUGAGCAUCAAACAGAAGCGAGGGCGCAGGUCGUGGGCCAGAAAACGCGCAGCGACGCACAGCUGCGAGUUCCCCAGCUGUGGGAAAACCUACACCAAGAGCUCCCACCUCAAAGCCCACAUGAGAACACACACAGGAGAGAAGCCCUACCACUGCAACUGGGAGGGCUGCGGCUGGAAGUUCGCCAGGUCGGACGAGCUGACCCGUCACUUCAGAAAGCACACGGGACACAGACCUUUCCAGUGUCACAUGUGCGAGCGUGCCUUUUCCCGCUCCGACCACCUGGCUCUCCACAUGAAGAGGCACAUGUAGGCCACGAAUAAACUUAAAAGCAUCCAAAUCCUCUCACGGGGUCAAGGCCUGAAGCAAUCCCAGAAGAAGCACAGGGGCGGCCCCCUCGCCAUCAGACAUUCUUGUGCACCUGGUCCAAACCCAAGGAUCAAUGUGGGGACCUCAGAUUAUGUGGUGCCUUGGCAGAGAGUGUAAAGCGCCCUGGCCGUGGCCUGAGGAACCCACAUUUAUCUUCCUCUCAUGUUUCUCAAUAAGACAAGUGCCUUCAGGACAAGAGGAAUGCAAGCUGGUGUCUUUUUGUUGUUGUACAUACCUGUGGAUAUUUGAACUGACUAAAUUAUAGUAGUUUAUAUUUAAGACGUUUCCUUGCCCCUGUUUCUGAAAUAAGUUAUUGAUUGUGAGUGGGUGCCUUAACAAGACUGCAUAUUUGUUUCCCAAAUGGAGGGAUGGAGGGGGGCUCACUGUGGGCAGGACCCAGAACUUUGUUUAUAUGUAAAUUGUAUUCUUGAAUGUUUACAUCUUAUAUCUUUUAUACUACUCAAAUCAGGUCAGGGUUUGUUUUUUUAUUGGUAUUUUUGUUUUUAUUCUAUUUUUGAUGUUGUUUUUAAUGUACACAAUAGAAGUUCUAUAUUUGAUACGCUUUGUGGGCUCGGCCUACACGCUCCACAAGGUUCGCUUGAGCAAUGCUCACAAAUGCAGGUACCAAAGCUCAUUUUCAGUCCACUUUAAGGAUCCCACAAAUCAGGUGUAACGCCACUUUCACGUCACUCAAAUCAAAAUGUUUCCAGCUCAGUGUUUUCUGAAGAUACAAACUAUUUUUUCUUAUGGAAUAUAUGACUAUUUUUUUAAGAAUGAAGAAAUCCACUGCAACCAAUGGUUGAUCCGCUGUACUUGAAACAGAAUUGCCACUCAGAUGUAUCUUUGUUUUGGUUUUUCCUCUCACCGAUGCAAUUGUCUGCUAUGUGUUAAAGGGCUCCGAAAAUAAAAGUACUUUAUACAAA